CACAGUGCCCACCUGCGUCGUGGUCUGGCUGGCCUCGCUGACUUGGGAGUCCCUCCUCUUGGCCACUCCCCAUUGGCCUCUCAUGGGCUGGGAAUAGGUGGGGUCCCACAGGGGUGGCUAUGGGAGCCGUCCACUCAGCCGGGACCCCUGUCAGCCAGUUGCAUCCCAGCCUGUUCGUCACAAACCUGGACAAUCCACCUGGCCUGUCUGGGGCUCAAGUUCAGCCCAAGCUCCUAUGCGGCUGGGCAGCCUGGGGACUGCUCACAGCUGGGGAGGGGCCGCAACCACCCUCCAGGGCCUGGCUUCCUGCCGGCAGGGUCCAGGUGAGGGCCCGGAGCUCGGAGCAGGGGCAGGGAGGGCCCCCACCCGCCUCACCAGCAGGGCAGCAGCCUGGCACAGGGCAAGGACUGAGCGGAGAGGCCUGUGCUGGGUGUAGACUUGGCAGGGAUGGCCCCAGGAGGACAGGGGUCACAAUGGCCAUGAUGACAUCACCGGUGACCCGAGGGGCCAUCGCCAGUGAUGGCUGCCUGUGGGGGUGGUACCAGCUGGGUGGAGCCUGGGCUGUGGAGUGUGGCAUCUCCCCUCUGUGCCUGCAGAGCCAGUGCCCACAACAGGCCCCUCUUGGAGCAGUGGGGCAUGGCCAUGCGUGGGUCCUGGUCCCACCCUAUGAGACUGACUUCCCUGGGGAUGGGCUGCCUAUCCCAGGGUGGCCCUGGCCUUGGAAAGGAGGAGGCCACCCAGGGCUGCUCUAUUCACCGGAGACUCGAGCUGGCGCUGCUGAAUCCUUCAAUGCUUGCCCCUCUUGGAGCCAGGGUUCUGCUGCGGCCGCCCCUGGGGCCCAGGCCAGACCCCCGGACGCCAUCCCCAGCAGCACCUUCCCGUGUUGCAGCGUAGGAACUUCUUGGGAAUUUUCAGCCACUUCCUCGACAGAUCCUGCUGCCUCCGUCUCAAGUAAACAAACCUACCUUAGGGCUGCUUGGGAGGCAACGAGUUUUGUUUUCUAUUUGUUUGUUUUUGAGCCAGAGUCUUGCUCUGUCACCCAGGCUGGACUUCAGUGGCGCAAUCUCAACUCACAGCAACCUCUGCCUCCCGGUUUCAAGUGA